AUGAUGGAGAAACCUGCCCUGACCCCACCAGACGUCGUACCCGGCGUGACAAACCGCUACGAAGACUUUGUCGGCGCGCACGUCGUCCAAGCAGACGACGCCCACAACACCGGCGCCUUCUACCCUUACCACCGCCUCCUCCUCCACCUCUACGAGCAAGAAAUCCAAAACUGCGGCUGGCCCGCCGGCAUCCCUACUGGGACUGGACCCUCGACAACGAAACCCCCGACGCCUUCUACCGCUCCCCGUCCUCGACCCCGUCACCGGCACCGACCUCAACCCCACUGCGUGCGCCGCGACUUUGCUCCCGAGACGUUUGUCCAGGGCACCGCCGACGAACUCAUCGGCGAGGGUAUGGAUCAGCCGGACUUUGGGUCCUUUGCGAGCGUGACGGAGGGUUCGUUUCAUAGCGCGGGGCAUUGGGGGAUCGGUGGGCUGUAUGGCGACAUGUCGGACAAGUGGACGAGCCCCUCUGAUCCUCUCUUCUACUUGCACCACGCCAACGUCGACCGCGCCUGGUGGUCCUGGCAAUCCCGCGACGUGGAUGCGCGCUCCAACGACAUCUCGGGCCCGCUCGUACCCUUUGACAACGAAAACAAGGUGGCCGGAAACCUCACCCUUGACCACCUCAUGAUCCUCGGCACCUCGGCUGAGACCAGGGUCCAGGUCAAGGUUGCCGACCUGAUGAGCGUCGGAAAGGGGCGUCUUUGCUAUAACUACGAUAAGCUGUAUUAG